AGCGAGCGGCGGCGGCGGCGAGCGGGUAGCGGCGGGCAGCGGGGCCGCGGCGGCGCGGGGAGAGCCGCUGGAAACUGGGCUAAGGAGUGAAAGGGAGUCGGAGCUGGAUUCCUACAGAGAGGGGAAGUUGACGCACCAGCCUAAGAAUAGCUCGGGGAGGGGAAGUAUGGACAAUAUUGUCACCAAAGCUGCUGAUGAAAUCGCAGCCAGAAGCGGAGGAGUCUUUGGACCUGCCCAUAGUCGGGACCUUUGACUUAUAAAAGGCUCCUUUAAGAACCGUCCCAGUCCAGAGGAGGAGAAGAGAGAGCAGUCGGCUGUUGGAGGGAGCAGACCCCGUCCUGGGGUGUGGGGAGUUGGGGGGGCAAGAGAAAGCCGCUGUAUGUGGAGUUUUUGGACAAGAUGCUUUCUCUGAAGAAAUACUUUACCGAAGGCCUCAUCCAGUUCACCAUUCUUCUCAGCUUGAUCGGCGUUCGUGUGGACGUGGACACCUACCUGAACUCUCAGCUCCCCCCUCUCCGGGAGAUCAUUCUUGGCCAGAGCUCCGCUUACACCCAGACCCAGUUUCACAACCUGCGUAACACCUUGGAUGGAUAUGGCAUCCACCCAAAGAGCGUAGACCUGGACUAUUACUUCACCGCUCGCAGGCUGCUCAACCAGGUGAGGGCCCUGGACAGGUUUCAGGUGCCCACCACUGAAGUCAACGCCUGGUUGGUGCACCGAGACCCCGAGGGCUCCGUGGCUGGUGGCCAACCCAGCGCCGGCAUCGCCCUCGAGAACGGCAGCGGCCUGCAGGAUGGGAGCAAUCCCGACAGCAGCGUGAGGGAGAGUGGGGCCGAGCAGGGCUUUGGGGAAGAACUGGAAGAUUUGGGAGCAGUGGCUGCCCCAGCAAAUGGAGACCUGACCAAAGAGGAUAUCGAUUUGAUUGACAUCCUGUGGAGACAGGAUAUUGAUCUCGGCGCUGGGCGAGAGAUUUUUGACUACAGCCACCGUCAGAAAGAGAGCGAAGUGGACAAAGAGCUGAGCGAUGGGAGGGAGCGUGGGGACGGCUGGAGGAGUGGAGGGAGCGAGGUCGUGGAUAGAAACCUGGUAGUUGAUGGAGAGACCGGGGAGAGUUUCCCUGCGCAGGUGCCUGGUGUUGCGGAGGAUCAGACAGCCCUGUCCCUGGAGGAGUGCCUUAGGCUGCUGGAGGCCACCUUCCCCUUUGCGGAGAGCUCAGAGUUCCCAGCUGCGGAUGUCUCCACCCUGAGCGAAGCUGUGCCCGGCGAGAGCCGGCCCGCGGACAUCCAGGCCAGCCUGCUGUCUCCUCUCCUCCCCGAGCCCGAGUCGCCCUUCGACCUGGAGCAGCAGUGGCAGGACCUCAUGUCCAUCAUGGAAAUGCAGGCCAUGGAAGUGAACAACACCACGGCAGAGACCUUGUACAACGGCACGAGCGGAGACCUGCUGACUUCCAGCUACAGCCUCGCUCCCAACACUCCCAUCAAUCAGAAUGUCAGCCUGCAUCAGGCCUCGCUGGGGAGCUGCUCGCAGGACUUCUCCCUCUUCAGCUCGGAGAUCGAAAGCCCGUCCAUGGCCGGCAGCUCGGCCUUGCUCCAGCUGGCACCAGACAACUCCACCGGCCUCAACACCACCUUUGGCUCCACCAACCUGAGCGGCAUCUUCUUCCCCCCGCAGCUGAACAGCACCGUCAAUGAGACAGCCAGUCCCGAGCUGCCAGACCCGCUGGGCGGCCUCCUGGACGAAGCCAUGCUGGAUGAGAUCAGCCUGAUGGACUUGGCCAUCGAAGAAGGUUUCAACCCGGUGCAGGCCUCGCAGCUGGAAGAGGAGUUUGAUUCCGACUCGGGGCUUUCUCUGGAUUCCGGCCACAGUCCCGCGUCUCUGAGCAGCUCGGAAGCCUCUUCCUCGUCCUCCUCUUCCUCCUCUUCUUCCUCUUCCUCCUCCUCCUUUUCCGAGGAAGGAGCUGUCGGCUACAGCUCAGACUCCGAAAACGUGGACUUUGAAGAAGCAGAAGGGGCGGUUGGAUACCAGCCAGAGUACAGCAAGUUCUGCCGCAUGAGCUACCAGGACCCGUCGCAGCUCCACUACUUGCCUUACCUGGAGCACGUCGGCCACAACCACACCUACAACAUGGCCCCGGGGGCCCUGGAUCCCGAGGAGCCCAAACUGCCCAGCGCGGGGAAGAAGAGCGGCAAGGAGAAGCCGUCCGAGUUCCUGGACAAGCAGAUGAGCAGGGACGAGCACCGAGCCAGGGCCAUGAAGAUCCCCUUCACCAACGACAAGAUCAUCAACCUGCCGGUGGAGGAGUUCAACGAGCUCCUCUCCAAGUACCAGCUGAGCGAGGCGCAGCUGAGCCUGAUCCGCGACAUCCGGCGGCGAGGCAAGAACAAGAUGGCUGCCCAGAACUGCCGCAAGAGGAAGCUGGACACCAUCCUCAACUUGGAACGGGACGUCGAGGACUUGCAGCGGGACAAGUCCAAACUGCUCAGGGAGAAGGUGGAGUUCCUCAAAUCCAUCCGCCAGAUGAAGCAAAAGGUGCAGAACCUCUACCAGGAGGUGUUCGGGCGCCUGCGGGACGAGAACGGGCAGCCCUACUCCCCCAGCCAGUACGCCCUGCAGUAUGCCAGCGACGGCAGCGUCAUCCUCAUCCCGCGGGCCGUGGCCGACCAGCAGGCCCGGCGGCAGGAGCGCAAGCAGAAGGACCGGAGGAAGUGAGGGCCCGGCCAGGAGGGAGAGAGGGAGGAGCGUGGGGCACUCGCUCGGAGCGAGAACUGGAGAAGGGCUGAGCCUGGAAGUACUUUAGAGGAACUUUCAUGCCUUCUUAUCCGAUAUAUCUUCUCAAAAACAAAACAAAAACAAAUCCACGAACGGGACUGCUGCCGGUCAGUGUGCGGGGAGCCCGCGGGACCUGCCUCCCUCCCGGCGGGCUGCGGCGGGAGGGCUCCCGCGGGGGGCGGGGCGGGGCGGGGCGAGCAGCGGCCCCGGGCUCCCGCGGCCCCGGCCGCAGGAAAGGCGCCGGCGUGGGACUGGCAAGAGGCGGAGACAACUGCUGUUAGGAACUGGCUUUAAGUAAGAGAUUUAAGCAGACGAACUUAAGAACAAGCUGUAGGAGAGACAUUUUUCUGAACUUCCAAAGUUCUGUGAUUUCAGGUAGUUGGUUUCUUUUUUUUUAAAAAAAAAGAGAAAAAGGUUUUUCUUUGUUGUUUUUUUCUUUUCUUUUUUUUUUCCUUUUCCUGAACCAGUUUUGCCAUCGGUGUGCGUGAUUCAGUCCGACUUAACUCCAGAGUAACCGACAUCCCUUCCUAGAUCAGACCCGCUGCCCGCGAGGAAAACGCAAGCGGUGUGUGACUUCCAUGAACCCUCUCCGGUCCGAGGGGCUCGCAAGAUGUGUGCAGGAGCUGUGAUGCCUCAGGACGGGCCACGGGGGAAACACGUGGAGCUUUAGGUGGUGGGGUUGUUUUCUUUUUCGAGGGGGAAGGAGAAAGGGUGUGAAACUGGAGCGGGUUAAGAGAAGCAUCAGCGUGCUGCACACCCCUCACUCCCUGCCACACCGGGAGCAUGUUGCCGCCGAGCCACGCAGCAGCCUGCAUGCAAACACUGUCUGCUCCCAUCGUGGGGUGGGGGGCAGGCAGGAGGGCCCCCGGCCCCUGCAAGGCACAAAGGGAGUGGAGGGUCCCCGGCCUGGGCUCAUCACUUAUAGAAAUUAGACAGCUGGUAGGAUCCUCUUCCUUAACUGCGCUUUGAUUUUUUUGGGGGGCUUCAGCCUUGGUUUUCCCUGUAGGGUCUAGAGUGCUUGUGUUGAAGUAAAAGGGAGAAGCCCAACCGUUCAAAGCUGCUAAAUGUUCUCUUUGCCAUAAAGAUUCCGUGUAACCGUGUGAUCACAUUAUAGGAUUCUCUUCUGUCCCUAGGUGUUGGUCUGACUUCCUUUGUUUUCAGGAGGGGGGUGGGGGUAGUGCCUUGAUCACUGUCGGUCUCCGUCACGGGGACGAUCCUAGAAGCUGUAUUUACAAUAUAGCACAGCUGGGAGUGUACUUGACUUUACCAGCAACCGAAAAAGCUUAACUAUGGCUUUUCCUAGCCAGUCCUGUGCGUGUGGGACGGGGUGAGGGCGGCGCGGCGAGGGAGAGAGGGAGGCCUCAGGGUGGUAACUCAAGGGAAGGAGACCUGACGAGGCAGGAGGGAGGCAGAGGGAGGAGGGCGGCUGCCCGUGGGCACCUCUGCCAGGCGAAGGGGAAAGCAGUUGGAUCUUGGGGCGCCCGGUGCCUUCGCCGUGGCCCCGAGCAGCCUGAGACGGACUCGCCGAGGCCCCGGCGGGGUCUCCUGUCCCCGACUCCUGAGAUUCAACAGCUUUACUUAUGCGUGAGACGAAGCACAAGUGGUGAUGUGGGUGUGGGGAGGUUGGAAGGGAGCCCUGCACGUAUGUUUUAAAUUAUUUACCUCUUAGAAACUUUUAUUUUAAUGAUCUGUGACCUGUCGGGGAAAGAAGAGAGAUUGUGUGAGCACAGGACAAAAAUAAAAUGGCUUAUUCACUGUA